CUUCAGGCAAGAGGAACCGGUCGGUCAGGUGAGAUCCCUCCGCCAGGCGGGGGCAUACAAAACGCAGAGCUGCAGAGACAGGCAAUGAUUUCUCACGUGGAUCUCACAGCAGUAACUCACAAUGUUUCACCUGCUGGUGCUGGCCGGCGUGGUUCUGGGAGGAUACAUCUUACUCACGCAGACUCUCUUCAAAAGGUCCAAAUGUAAAGGACAGGCAGCGAUGGCCGGCAAGACCGUCAUCAUCACAGGCGGGAACACGGGCAUCGGUAAAGCCACGGCUCUGCGCCUGGCCGGCCGGGGGGCCAAAGUGAUCCUCGCCUGCCGCAACCGGGACAAGGCCCAGGACGCCAUCGCUGAUAUACAACAGGAAACAGGAAGUACUGAUGUGUUCUACAUGGAGCUGGACCUGGCCAGCAUGAAGUCCGUCCGCAGCUUCGCAGAAAUGUUCCUGAAGACCGAGUCCAGACUGGACCUGCUCAUUAACAACGCCGGUCUGGUGGGUGACGGGCAGACAGAGGACGGGUUUGGGAUCCAGUUGGGAGUGAACCACCUGGGACACUUCCUGUUGUCUCACCUGCUUCUGGGACGCCUGAAGGAGGCUGGGGGGGGCCGGGUGGUCACUCUGUCCUCCAUGGCUCACAGCUGGGGACACAUCGACCCGGAGGCUCUGGAGGUGGACAAACACUUGGGCACCGGCAAAUACAGCUGGCAGUUCUUCUACGCGUACUGCAACAGUAAGCUGUGCAACGUGCUCUUCACCCACGAGCUCGCCAAGAGGCUGAAGGGAUCCAACGUCACCUGCUACAGCCUGCACCCAGGCGUGGUUCGCACCGGGCUGUCCCGUCACUGCAGUCUGUGGCAGAAGGUGUUCAUCGAGCCCAUCGCCCGGCUGCUGUUCCUGGACCCGGAGGCCGGCGCUCAGACCACGCUGCACUGCUGCCUCCAGGAGGGAAUCGAACCUCUGAGCGGGCGCUACUUUGCCUGCUGCGCCGUGCAGGAAUCGUGCGCGAAGGCUCGGGACGACGCCGUGGCCCAGAAACUAUGGGAGGUCAGCGAGAGGCUCUGUGGAAUCUCUUAAAACACUUAUCUUCUGCUGUAAAUGGGUUGUUAAGUCCAGGAGGGAUCAAAGUAAAAUAACUGUUCACUCUGUCUUUGUUUUCCCGCCCUUUUGGUUUUCUUCCCGCCUUUUUGUGAUUGUUUGCCCCGCCCUGUCUUUUGUUAGUUAUUAGUUCUUUGUGUACAUACGCCUCUCUUUCCCAGAGUUUUUCUGGGCGUUGAUGUUUACCGUGGUUCUACUCGUCAAUGUUUCAUCGAUGUUUCUAUCUACCAUGUUUCCUUUCGGCUGUUUCUUCCUCUGGACUCGCUGCCUGUUUUCCGCCAUCCCAUUUUGUAUCUACUUUAGUUGUGCUGUUUAUCUUUUGUUUAGUGUUACCUUGCCUCUUCUCUUAGUUUCUUGUUUACCUGCGUUUACUCUGUUAUUCAAGUAUUUUCUGUAAGACUUAAGUCAAAUUGCCUGUACCCAUGUCAUGAUAUAAAUUGGUUCAAAGUUU